AUGGAAAAUAAACCCAAGUCUUUGGAGUCGAUAUUAGACGAAGAACGGAGAGAGGUAUUGGCAAUGCUCGAGGGAACACAUAAUUCAACCUCAACCAGCUAUAUAGGGUCUAGGAAGAACUCACUGUCAUCUCUCCGACCUGUACCCAGCAUGCUUGACUUCAGCAUACCGCCUGUAUCACCUAUGAGAUCUAGCAGAACCAGCUCAGCUAGGAAAUUUAGCCCUCAGAUAACUCCAGUUAGAAGUAUGCUUGACGCCGGCGAUAGUCCUCAUUCACAAAAGACCCAUGAUUUGCUCAAUGUUAAUAACAGAGGAACUCACAGUCCCUCAUUCAGGAGUAUGUUUGAUAUCUCUCCCACAACAAGGGGCCCUCGAGACGGCAUAAAGUCAAAUAGUUUCCACUUAUCAGCUCGUAGCGCCUCUGAUGCAUCUUCGACCAAAUUUACCCCAUUUCCUUCAUCCCAAUGUACGAAUAUUUAUCGACCGACUACCCCGAAGUCUGAUUUACGGAGAGCCUCAGACGUUUCCUAUCAUUCUACACCAUUUGAACCCCGAGUUGGCUGCUCUACUGCUUCAAACACAAAGAAAGAAUCUGCAUAUGAGCUCUCUGGGUAUAUGCCAAGCAACACAAGUGGAUCUUCUUUACCUAAAAGGAAUAAACAAGCGAGGAAAAUAACUUCAAUGCCAAGCGUUAUGUCAGAUGCGAUGAGAGGUGAACUAGGCGAUCUACUUGGUUUAAAGGAUAUUGGGAUACAUGGCAAUAUUCAAAGUAAAAGGCCUUUCGACCGAGCUGAUGUUACAUUUACUAAUGAGAGUUUGAGCAGCUUAUUUACGAGGAAUUCUGACGCCAAUUUAAUCAAAUCCCCUGGGUCCUUAUCGUCAUUUUCUAUGAGAAAAAGAAAUCAUAGUGAUGCAACAAUUUUGGGGAAACCGAGAUUUGAAGAUUUCCCUGCACUAGACGAGGAAGUAAAUGGAGGGACCAGUGAUGAUUCGGGCUCGGAUGAAGACAUACCACGAGGUAGAAAUGAAAUACGUAGAUCAGCAAGUGACGCUGGUCUAACAACUCGAAGAGCUGAUUUUUUUAACAAAAAUUUCAUGAUACCCGGCCAGAUGGCUACAGCGGAAGAAAAAAGGCAACAAAGUAUUUCUUCUCAAUAUCUGCAUGAAAAGUACAAGAUUCGCUCGCUUUUUGAACCCAAAAUUAUCGUAACAGAACCAUCAGAAUCAGCAGUGCAAGUAAAUGAGAAGCCAAAAGUUCACCCUAAUACGAGUUUUGACGAAGUUGGUUCUGGAAUUGAUUCGCCGCAUGACUCAGAAACUGAAGCCGGUAUAUCCGAUAUUAAACGCGCCCAGAAUCUUGCCAUAAAUACAACUGCAGUUAUAUCUACUCCAUCUACAAGCCGUUGUGUUCGCUCUAUACAUCGUGGCGAUUUUGCUAAGAUACAGCAGGAAGCUCGGAACAAUCAGCGCCGAGUCCGAAAAUAUCUAGUAGCUACGGACCUUAGUGAAGAAGCUGUGCACGCUCUAGAAUGGACAAUCGGGACUGUUCUUCGCGAUGGGGAUGUUCUUUUAGCAAUUUACUGCGCCGACGAAGACACAGGAAAUACGGUCAACGAAAGUAGCACAGAAGAUAAGUUGCAGGAUCAGAUUCCACCUUUUACCGGUCCUACAAAACCAAUUGUUCCUUCUCCAAAGAUAGGGCACUCGCACACGAGAAGUCGUGGUGGAAGCUUUGCAGAUGCCUCUCACAAUACUAAUAAUUCUGAAUCUAGCUCAUCGACUCGAGAGAAGAAUAGAGCGGAACAAGAAAGAUACCAAGCCGUCCAGGACAUUACCGAUAGAGUGAGUAAGCUAUUAAGAAAGACCAAGCUUCAAGUAAAGGUUGUCAUUGAAGUCAUCCAUUGCAAGAGUCCCAAACACCUCAUCACUGAAGUUAUUGACUAUAUAUCUCCUACACUAGUCAUCUUGGGCAGCCGAGGUAGAAGUGCCUUGAAAGGAGUAAUACUCGGCUCAUUCUCCAACUACAUUGUAACAAAAUCAUCGGUUCCGGUCAUGGUCGCCAGGAAGCGCUUACGAAAGCAAACCAAAUACAAGCGUCCGUCAAUACGCCUAGCCAACAACCUUGAGACUCCCCAAUCUAUGCUUGACUCUAGAACCCUAGCUGCGGCUCGUAUUGAUUAA